UCCGCACCAGCCGGGGAGUUCGGGAGCCGCAUCCGAAGUGCCGGGCAGCCUCCCGCCGCAGCCGGGAGCGAAAAGAGGACCGCGGAGGGGAGGUGGGGGGCCGGGGGCUCCGAGGCGCCCGGGCAGCCGAAGCCGGAAGAGGAGUGGGCGCCUCUCCUUUCCCUCCCACCGCUGCUUGCAGCCCUCCCUACGAAGGCUGCUGCCUCGCCCGGAGCCCGGACUGGCAGACGGCGGAUGCCCCUGGGCGCCACUUGCUAAGGGGCGCCACCGGAGACCCCGCGCUGCCACCCACUUCUGGACCCCAGGAGGGACCCGCCGGAGAUAAGGUCUGCCGCCCCGGUCUGCAGAGGAGACCUGCUGUUCUUGCACCUCCGGAUCCCUUCCAGGACUGAGCUGUGUUCCGCAAGCCGGGUCUCCCGAGCCAGCCACGGUCCGGGGCGUGCCAAAGCCUAGCCGGACUUCUCCUUUCUGCCUCCAGGCAGAACCUUGGACUUCAAAUUCAAGCGGUGCGGUCCUGGUUGCUCCACGACCGACCUUCCAGAGGGACCAGCUCUCCUGCCACAGGAUCAUCUGACGCUCACAAGAGAUCACCCUGGCCACCCCGAAGGAAUUCCAUUCCUGGUGUCCCACCACUGAUCUUCCAGAGGGACCAUCCAGACCAGCUCUCCUGCCCCAGGAUCAUCUGAUGCCCAAAAGAGAUUGCCCCAGCCAACCCAAAGUAAUUCCAACCUGAUGUUCCACCACUGAUCUUCCAGAGGGACCAUCCUGACCAGCUCUCUGACGCCCACAAGAGAUUGUCCCAGCCAACCCAAAGGAAUUCCAUCCUGAUGUUCUACCAUUGACCUUCCAGAAGGACCAUCCAGACCAACUCUCUGACACCCACAAGAGAUUGUCUCAGACAAGCCAAAGGAAUUCCAUCCUGAUGUCCCACCACUGACCUCCAAGAGGGACCAUCCAGAUCAGCUCUCCUGCUCCAGGAUCAUCGGGAGUUCAGAAGAGGCUACCAGCCAACGCUGGCUAUGCUAGGUAGUGCCAGGAGCAACUGGCUAUAAGUGAACUCCGUGUGUCUUCCAGAUGUGCCCAUGGUGUGCAUGCUACCAACCUCCGAUCAUGCAUUAGUGGGCCAAGGGUUGUGACUCCAGUGGACGACGGCAACCAUUACAAGACCACCAGACGAGUCUCCACUGUCCGAUCCAGGCUCAGCUCUUCAGCAUCAGUCUAGAACCCAUUUGGCCAACCCAGUAAGCUCUUCCUCGCCAGGAUGUCUGUGGUGCGCAGGAAAUUUGGUGACGACUACCAGGCAGUGGUGGGCGCCUCAGCCCGUCGCAAGCGGCAGCGCUUUGUGGACAAGAACGGGCGCUGCAACGUGCAGCACGGCAACCUGGGCAGCGAGAACAGCCGCUACAUCUCCGACCUCUUCACCACAUUGGUGGACCUCAAGUGGCGCUGGAACUUGCUCAUCUUCCUGUUGACCUACACCGUGGCUUGGUUGGUCAUGGCCUCAAUGUGGUGGGGGAUCGCUUACCUGCGGGGUGACCUGGAUAUGCACCAUGGCCCGGAUCCGGGACACAGCCCGUGCGUUGCCAACGUCUACAAUUUCCCAUCGGCGUUCCUCUUCUUCAUCGAGACGGAGGCCACCAUCGGGUACGGCCACCGCUACAUCACCGAGCGCUGCCCCGAGGGCAUUGUCUUGUUCCUCUUCCAGUCGCUUCUGGGCUCUGUGGUGGACGCCUUCCUUAUUGGGUGCAUGUUCAUCAAGAUGUCCCAACCCAAGAAACGUGCCGAAACCCUCAUGUUUAGUCGGGCUGCCGUCAUCUCGCAGCGGGACGGAAAGCUUUGCCUCAUGUUUCGGGUGGGCAACCUGCGGAACAGCCACAUGGUCUCUGCUCAGAUCCGCUGUAAACUUAUCAAGUCACGACAGACACCAGAAGGCGAAUUCCUGCCACUAGACCAGUGCGAACUAGAUGUCGGAUUCGGAACCGGGGCAGACCAACUGUUCCUCGUUUCUCCUCUAACCAUCUGUCACGAGAUCAAUGAGAAAAGUCCUUUCUUUGCCCUGUCACAGAGAUCACUCAGGAGCGAGCAGUUUGAAAUCGUCGUCAUCCUGGAGGGAAUUGUUGAAACCACAGGAAUGACGUGUCAAGCUAGGACCUCUUACACAGAAGAUGAGGUUCUCUGGGGUCACCGGUUCAUCCCAGUGAUGUCUCUGGAAGAUGGCUUCUUCCGGGUGGAUUAUUCUCAGUUCCACGCCACCUUUGAAGUCCCCACUCCUCCGUACAGCGUCAAAGAGCAGGAGAAAAACUUUGCGCUUCCGUCACCUUUGAACACCCCCGCGGGGAGCAACCGGAGUCGAAGAGAAAACAUCUCCUCACUUGACGGCCUGGAUAUUUUUGAAGAGAAAGGCGGCAGGCUCCCCAGCAAAUUUCAGAGACUUUGUUCCGGGAAGGAGGAUCUCCACCGAGGGGUCUUGAGUCUUUGUUCCAGCAACGUGGAGAAAGCCUGCAGCACCGGCGACCUUCUCAAGAUCCAGCAGAUCAGCUCCGUUUGCAGCAUAGAAGACAGCCGGGAAAAGGUGAAAUCCGCCGCUUUCAAAAACAAGUCAGAUGUUUUGGCUCGGUCCACCGGGAACCUUGAACUCCAACAAACCCCCGCAGUUGUGCGCACCUUGGGAACAGGAUUAGACGACCAUUUGCCUGCCAAGCUACGGAAAAUGAACUCAAGCCUCUUCACCUAAAGAGCAGCUUCAACCAGACAUGGCUGCCUUUCAAACUCCCACGCCUCUCGGAUUAUUACUGUGAAGAUCUGGACCACGGCCACACAACCAGCGCCGACCCCAUUUCAACUAGAAUACAAACCGUAGCUUCACCUGCGGCUGACCGUAGCUGCGCGAGAGGAUUUUGCAACGGGGGAAUGCUCUCUUCCUGGCUCUAUCAGAUCUGAGUUUUGUAGCUCCGCUCGUCUUCCUUUUAGACCAUGCCCAUUACACGCCGGUCCCUCUCUGCCCGCAUCUUGAAAGAAGCAAAUUGGAAGCGUUAUUCUGGAACAGCAAGUUCCUCUUGAGAAUAUGACCCCUCGUGGCUCGGUAGUAGAGCUCGAGUUUUGCAUGCAGAAGGUGCUAGCGUUGAUUUCUGGCAUCACCAGUAGCAGCUGUUGAGGAACGCCCAGGACUCUGAAGAGUUGCCGCCAGUCAGGAUAGCGGACUAGAUGGACCCGUCUCCAACUCUGUAUAAACAGGCUGCAGCUUCUUCCUUUUCCAGGUUGCAUGGCAGGGUUAAUAUAGAAACCUGAGUGUCUUUCUAGAAAACAAGGACUGCCCACUUCUCCCGCGAGAGUGUCCCGCGAACACAGGCCAAAACGUUUUCUGAAACCAAGAGAAAGGGUUAUAGCUUUACGAGUUUGCUUGGGUGCCACGUCUGGGCCUGAUUCGGAUGUCCCAUAUCUGAUGGCCUUUGCCCGUUUUCACUGUCGGCGUUGCAUGUCUGUGAACGAAAUUAUGAACAUUCUGCGAUCAUUGCCCCCAAAAAAACCACCCCCGAGUUUUUUUGUCCUCAUUUACAGCUGCAAAGCUGGGCUUCGGUGUUUCUUUUCUUGGCCAUCCCGUUCAGAUGACAGGGGAGAGGUGGCUUGACUCAACGUCCCUCCAAGGAAAUCCCUCCUACACAGAAAACUAGCAUGUCAAUAAGUAGGGUAGGCUGGAAUCUUUUGCUCCUUAUGCGUUAGUUUUCUUUGUGAUGGGAAUUGCUGUGCCUAGAGGAGCGUUUGAGCAUUCUAGUAGGAAGCUGAUUUUAAAAAUCAUUUGCUGUUUGUGAAAACUAGGCUUGCGGAAGCAACUCUGAAGGCAGAAAGGAGACUCAGCAGGGAUUUCCAGUUGUAGAAAUAGAAGAAGACUGGAGGCACACAUAGCACCAAGGGGGGCGGGAAGGUGUACAAUGCACCAGGCAUGUGCCGGCACGGGGGAUAUGUCUGUGUGUGUGGGGGGGGGGGGUGGUGUGUGUGUGUGUGUGUGUGUAAGGGGCGCAGGGCACACAAUUUCAAUCUUUAUAGACCCCCCCCAGUCUAAAACUGAAUGGGCUCACUGCAGACUCUCAGAUUCCCACCACAGAGGUGCUAAGGACGGCACUCAGCACUCACAGAAAAUCACAAACAGCAGCAGCAUUCAAUAUUUGGUAGAUCAGCUUGUGCGUCCAUUUGGG